AUGCCACAAGAUACACCGAAAUUGACAUUCCGUGAACAGAUGAGAGGGUUCCCCAUAUGGCAGAUGUUUGUCAUCAGCUGUAUGCGGUUCUCAGAACCUCUUGCAUUCACAUCACCAUUCCCAUAUCUAUAUUUCAUGAUCCGAGAUUUCAAUAUCGCCAAAACUCCUGCUGAUAUUGCCAAAUUCUCAGGAUACUUAGCAGCAUCAUUUGCAUUAUUUCAAUUUUUAUUUUGUGUUCAAUGGGGUAAAAUAUCUGAUAAACUAGGAAGAAAACCGAUAAUGCUUUGUGGAUUGGCAGGUACCGCAAUUUCAAUUACUAUUUUUGGAUUUGCCCCAAACUUUUAUGUAGCCAUGUUUGCUAGAUCCCUUAUGGGAUGUCUUAAUGGGAAUGUGGCAGUAUUAAGAACAGCAAUUGGUGAAAUUGCUCGUGAAAAGAAACAUCAAGGUCUUGCAUUUUCUUCAUAUUCAUUAUUAUGGAAUAUAGGAGCCGUAAUUGGGCCAAUGAUUGGUGGGUCAAAGUACUUGACUAGACCCAAGAAUAGUGGAGAUGAUGAACCUGCUGGUUUUAUUGCCAACUUUUUCAUGAGUUCAGUGGCAGAAUCCACUGGAGAUCUGGCUUAUGAACGUUUCCUUAAUAAUCACCCUUAUGCAUUGUCUAACAUAUUGGUUGGAUUAUUUUGUACCUUUAGUUUCACUAUAGGAUUCUUGUUCUUGGAAGAACCAACUGAUAGAUUUAAAAAGAGAAGAGAUGUCGGAUUAGAAAUUGGAGAUUUCAUAUUGAAAAUGUUAGGUUAUGAAAUGCCAGUUAGACCCUGGCAGAAAAAGCGAGCAAACAGAAUCACCGACCCGGCCCGUACCGAAACAACAGAAGUAACACCUUUAAUUGAAGAAAAUUCACAGUCUAGAUAUAAUUCAGCAGUUAGUGAUGCUGCUGAUGACAACAACGAUGAUGACGACGAAGCAGAAACCGCUUCCAUCGAUUCUUUUGCACCUUUAAGAAGAUAUUCGGCAGUCAUGGCACGAAGAUAUUCUUCGAGUCAAUUAGGUCCUAUGAUUACUUCAACAACUACUAACCAAUCUAUUAUCACUACUAACAUUGAUCAUUCUUUCUCGAAAGAUAUUUUCACUCCACAAGUUGUGCAAACUAUUGUUGCAAACUUUCUUAGUUCUUUGCAUUAUGUGAUCUAUACUGAAUUCCUUCCAGUUUUAUUAGCUGGUCAAUUUAUGCCUGAAAAGUUGAAAUUCCCAUUUACUAUUAUCGGUGGGUUUGGAUAUGAUAGUAAUAUGAUUGGGAAUUUACUUUCCAGCACUGGUUUAAUUGGUGCUCUUGGAAUUUUGUUCAUUUUCCCAUAUCUUGAUCGUAAUUACAAGACAAUUACAACUUUGCGUUUAUCAACCAUUAUUUUCCCCAUUUCUUAUACCAUAUUACCAUAUUUGAUAUUCACUCGAAGUGGUUAUGAUGAAAGAUACCCUCCUUGGCUUACGAAAACCUUGCUUUAUAUGUUGUGUUGCAUGACUUCUUGCUCGAUCGCGGUGGGGUUUCCAAAUCUUUUAAUAUUAAUGCACAGAGCAGCUCAUCCUAAACACAGAGCAUUUAUUAAUGGAACUGGGUUGAGUUUGAAUUCGUUAGCAAGAUGCAUUGGACCUAUUUCAUGGGGUUACCUUAUGACUUUCUGUGAACAUUAUAGUGUGGGAGGACUUUCAUGGUUUAUUUUAGGGUUAUUGGCAUUGGCAUAUAGCUUGCAAACAUUUUAUAUGAAAGAAUAUGACGCUGAAUAUGAUGCUGAAGAUGAUACUGCUGAAGUUAGCCAUCAAGAAGAGGUAUAA